AUGUCCCACUGCCACGACGAGCAUGUUGGCCACGGCGGCCAUGGCCACGACGAGCACGACCACUCAGACGACGUGGCGCCGGCGUUGCAGUCGUCCUUGUACCAGCAGAUCAACUUUGACGAAAUCACCACGCUCAACGAGUCGACAAGGGACGCCGGAAAGGCCGUUGUCAAGAAGACGUGGGCUGAGAGGCUGGAUCCAGAACCGGAACUGGAAAGUGAUGCCGACGAGCAGCUUCUCAUGACGGUGCCAUUUGCAGCCCAAGUCAAACUUCACUCCAUCCUCAUUCGCACAUCGCCAGCUCUGUCCGCCCCCAAGACUCUGCACCUGUACAUCAACCACGACAACCUCGACUUUUCGGCGGCAGAAGAGCUCGACCCGGUGCAGAAGCUUGAGCUUUCGCAGACGUCGGAGGUGCAGGAGAUUCCGGUCAAGAGAGCGCUCUUCGGCAAGGUGCAGCGCCUGGUGCUCUUUUUCGUAGACAACUUUGGACAGGGGGACGAGCAGGUCUCGCGGGUCAGCUACGUCGGGUUCAAGGGGGAGUGGACACGCCUGGGCAAGGCGCCUACGAGCAUCUUGUACGAGGCCGCGCCGCAGCCGGGAGAUCACAAGCUCAAGGGGACGAGCGUCAACGAGAUGGGGAGCGGGAUUGGGGGGAGGGGCCCGGGGAUGUAG